AUGGUGAAGCGAGGCAAGCAGAGGGGAGAAAACAACCUUGAGACACCCCGCGAGGCGACAGCAGACAGGGUCCCUGUAGACCUGGCUGAGCUCAAUGACGACAGCAGCGCGAGUCGCGGCGACCCUUUCAAGGGCUUGAACCCUGCGAAGACAUCGACUGGCGUACCGUGGCAAGCCACGCAGCAGGAGGGCGCGGAGGUCAGUGCGCAAGCGGCUAUGGGGGGCGGCGGGCACUCUUCCAGCGCAGGACAGAAUCACGGCGUCCACAGCACCCAUUCGACUGCGGCCGGGGCGAGUCGAGCCAUGAAGAAGCAGCAGCGAAAGACCGAGUCGUCGUCUCCGCCUGGCGGAGGGGCGACUGUUGGUGAAGCGCCUUCCAGCCACGACAGGAAGGGAGGUGACCCCGUGAGCCUGUCGUCUGCGUUCACUUUUCCUCCGCUGCCGUGCUGGGCGAAGGAGCAGAGAGCUGCACUCGAGGCCGUCACAGACGACUUCUACGCGCGGCACCGUCUCUAUCUGCGCGUCUGGCCGGUCACUGCGUCGCCAGAGGAGAACGGGGGGAGCGCGCAGCUCCCCAAGGGCGGGGGCGGACGCAAGGCCUCAGGGGCCUCCGGGGGUCACCGAAAGGCGGCGGAGGAAGGACCCGAAGAUGAAGCCGUGAAACUGCGACAGGAGCAGCUGAUGAACAUGCGAGUCAUGCUCCACGACCGCGUGGCUGAGAACCUCUCCUUCACGCGCACGCAGUACAACACGGCCACCCAGCCUCCGCGGAACCGGUGUCUGCCCUCUUUCUUGCGGCCGCGGAGCUGCAGACCUCCGCAGGGGGGGGCCGCGCCCGCGCCGCAGAACGAGGCCAGCGACAAAGGCCUUUCGCCGGAGAAGAGAAACGGCGGGUCGGGGGGCUGCGACUGCGGCGAUGAGGCGAUGGAGAACGACCGGUAUUCCACGCGCGACGAUGACGUCGAGGAUCAUGACGGGGAGUCACAGAAAAGCGUCUUCUGCGAAGAGGAAGGCGAACCCCUCGCGGGGGGAGAGGACAAAAUCAACGAAAUCCAAAAGUCCCUCCUCGCCGAGGGCUUCACGGGCUGCUGGGUGCUCCUUCUCUCUGAGAAGUACAUUCCGCCGGCGGAAGACGCGAGCUUCCUCGAACAGGGCCAGACCUCAGCCAAGCCAGCCGAAGAAGGCUCGCCCCCUCUGUGUAACGGGGGCCCUGGCGCGGUGGGAGGUGGACGUGCAGAGGAUGCGUCUUCUCCGAGGAACGGAGUCACCACCGCAACCGGCGCGACAGAGUCUGCCUCACAUGCUGCUCCUCUUCCGCCGCCUGUUCCUCGCGUACGCAGAGUGAUUGUGUGUGGGGCGUUGAUCGAGGUCUACUCCAACAACGAGAGGCAGAUCUCAGCGCUGUGGUGUCUCCCCUGUCUCUCUGCGCGGUCUACGCGCUUGCUCCUCCAAGCCUUUCUUCCGCGCCUCAUCAUCGAGGCCCUCAAGCUCCCCGACAUCCAGCCGCCGCCGCUGUCGAGGCCAGGCACGAAGCGCGCCAAGAAGCGACAAAAGACCGGCGCGAAGCACGGAGAGAACGGUGUCGGAGCGCCCGGGAGCGACCUCGAGGCCGUCGCGGCGAGCCUGCGAAUCUUUGAAGACGAGAGCGACGACGCCGUCGUUCCGCCCGCUCCCAUGAAGAGCGUGUUUGCUGUGUGUGAAGACACUUUGCUCUGGCCGCGCCAGGCGCUUUUCCUCCUGGCUGCGCCCUCCAAGAUGGGUUUUCUGCGCCACGUCGAACCCCUGCAGCCGCCGCCGGAGCCCGGAGCCGCAGACGCGGCGAGCGGAGGAGGCACUCGCCAUAAAGAACUUGGCGAACAGCCGCAGCUUCACGUCGACGCAGGCUUCGGGCCCCAGUGGCGCAUGUGCAACUGCAGGCAGCGCUUUCUUCCCGAGGGGAGAGCCGGCGGAGGCGCCGCCUCUCGCAAGGAGAGAGACAGCUGUGGGGCGCGCUCCGAGGAGGACGUCUGCGGCAGUUCUCAGCCACCGGCAAACGAGACGUCGCCGCGAGGAGGGGCGGCAUUUCUGCGGUUUUUCUCAGUCAGUGAACUCUGGGCGUCCCGGCUCAUGCCGCCGAAAGAAGCCCGCGCGCGCCUGGAGGGCGAAGAGACGACCGCGGCGCGCCCCUGCAAGGGGUCCGACGGCUCCACAGCGGAGUCUCCGGAGAGGGACAAGGCCGCAGAGCUCGAGUCAGGCUCAGUCGCAGGUCAGCCUGUGCCGAAGACCAAGAAGAAAGGCGCGUCCCUGUCCAGCGAAAGAAACGCGAGUGUCUGGCCUCUCGUCUCUGACGGCUGGUCCUGCUUGGUUCCGCGGGGAACGUGUGAGCAGCUGAUUGAGGAGAUCUACGGCGGUUUGCCGUAUCUCCGCCAGUACCUUGAGGAAAAGCCCGACCAGACGAACGUUGCCGAAGACGAAAUGUGUGGACUGACUGAAGACGAGUGCCGCGCCGUGCUCCAGUGGUGA